AUCCAGUCUGUGUGUGUGCUCUCAGGUGGUAUAGUGCCGCUAGUAACGCGAGCGCUCGUCUGUGUGAAAUUGGUUCGUGUUCAGUUCGAUGGUCUGAAACAUUAUACUCGAAAGUAACACAUCUUCUUGUACAUUAUUUGAGUGAAUUUUCCGUCGUUAUUAUUUGUCAGCCCGACAACGUCAUCAUCAGGAAUGAGGUUCAGACUAGCUAGCUGGUGCAUACUUCCCCUAGUGGCUGGGCUGGUGCUUGGCCUCAAUUAUGCUGCUGCACAACAACGAGGAGUUGGUGCCGACUCCAACCCUUGUGUUUCCAAACUCAACUGUAGUGAAUGUAUUCGUACACCAACCUGUGCCUGGUGUGCCCAACAUGAUUUUGGUGCUGCUGAAGGUGGUAGAUUACCAAGAUGUAAUCAACAAAACAAGUACAUAGAAGGUCCGCUUGCCGGACAAUGCAGACUUGAAGACAUUGUCAACCCUGAUUCAGAAUUCAGGGCAAUCUUAGACUUGGCUUUGUCUAAAGCCAAGUCAGGAAUUGAUUUGGAAGGCACAGAGGGAAAAGAUGCUGUGCAAAUCAAACCUCAGCGUGUAUCACUUAAACUAAGAAUCAAUGAAGCAUAUGAUAUGCACAUGCAAUAUGCUCAAGCAGAGGAUUACCCUGUGGAUCUCUACUACCUCAUGGAUUUAUCCAAAUCCAUGGAAGAUGACAAAGACAAACUGUCAGAAUUGGGAAACCUUCUUGCCGAGAGAAUGCAAAGCAUCACUUCCAAUUUCAGGCUUGGUUUUGGAUCUUUUGUAGACAAAGUUGUGAUGCCCUACGUCAGCACUGUUCCCGCUAAGUUAUUAGAGCCGUGUGAUGGCUGCAAAGCACCUUAUGGUUUCAAGAAUCAUAUGCCUCUCAGUCUGAACUCCACAAUGUUUUCAAGCCAAGUGAGGAAAGCUGCCGUAUCGGGUAACUUGGAUGCACCAGAAGGUGGUUUCGAUGCUAUCAUGCAAGCUAUUGUUUGCAAAGACCGCAUCGGAUGGAGAGACCGCGCUCGUCGUCUUUUGGUUUUCUCAACUGAUGCCAGCUUCCAUUACGCCGGCGAUGGCAAACUUGGUGGUAUUGUGAAACCAAAUGACGGUUUGUGCCAUUUAAACAAUGACGGCGGCUACACCCACUCAACAACUCAGGAUUACCCAUCUGUCUCACAAAUCAAUCAAAAAGUUAAAGAGAGCUCAGUCAACUUGAUCUUUGCUGUCACAAAAGAACAAUACCACAUUUACGAUCAAUUGAACAAACAUGUUGAAGGAGCUAGCUGUGGUGUGCUAUCCAACGAUUCGUCUAAUGUUGUCGAACUUGUCCAAGAACAAUACAAUAAAAUCACCUCAUCUGUCGAAAUGAAAGAUAAUGCCACGGGCGCAGUCAAAGUGACUUAUUUUUCCAACUGCUUGGGUAACGGGCCGAUGGUUCAGACCAACAAGUGCGAUGGGCUGAAAGUUGGCACUGUCGUAAAUUUUACGGCUAGGAUUGAGUUGUCCGGAUGUCCGGUUGACCCGAAAGAAUGGCACCAGCUUUUCCAAAUCUAUCCCGUCGGUAUUAACGAAUCGCUAGUUGUUGAUCUUCACAUGUUGUGUGAUUGUGAUUGCGAGCGGCCCGGCAAUUUGGGGUACAUUAGUAAUGCGGACCAGUGCAACGGCGGAGGAGAUUUGAAGUGCGGUAUCUGCCACUGCGAUGACUCUCACUCUGGUCGUUUCUGUGAAUGUGACUCGAACACGGCAGUUCUUGGAGAUCACGAAGCUUCAUGCCGUUCUGACAACACUACUGAUAUCCUUUGUAACGAUAGAGGAACCUGUGUCUGUGGCGUGUGUGAAUGUCACACCCGCCCCAACCCAACGGAGAUUAUCACGGGUCAAUUUUGUGAGUGCGAUAACUUUUCUUGCGAUUAUUACAAUGGGCUACCUUGCGCUGGAUCAGAUCAUGGAACAUGUGAGUGUGGAAAAUGUGUUUGCAAACCUGGUUGGAAGGGUUCUGACUGUUCAUGCAGAGAUAGCAUUGACACUUGCAUUCCACCACAAAAAGGCGAAAUUUGUUCUGGUAAAGGAGACUGUGUUUGUGGUGAAUGCCAAUGUUUUGAGGAAGACGGUGGCCGAUACUCUGGCAAAUACUGCGAGGAAUGCCCAACUUGCCCAAGUAAAUGCCCGGAAUAUACCCCGUGUAUUCAGUGUCAAGUAUUUGAAUCUGGUAAACUAACCAAAGAGGAGUGUGCUAACUGCUCGUUCACACCCGUUGAAGUUGAUGUUGUUAAAGAGGAGUUCCCGUCAGAUAGACAGUGUUGGUUUUACGAUGACGACGAUUGCCGUGUGACUUUUGUGUACGGCUAUGACGACGAAGCAGAAUUUGUUGUUCGAGUUCAAAAGACCAAAGAAUGCCCACCAGUUCUUAAUAUUCUCGGUAUUAUUCUUGGAGUUAUCGGAGCUGUUGUAGCAAUUGGUUUUGCACUUCUUUUGCUAUGGAAGCUUUUUACCGUUAUUCACGACAGAAGAGAAUUUGCUCGUUUUGAAAAGGAGAGACAAAUGGCCAAAUGGGAUACGGGAGAAAAUCCUAUCUAUAAGCAAGCGACGUCUACGUUCAAAAAUCCCACGUAUGGUGGCAAACAGUAGACAUCUGGGUUUUUUUCUUGUUUUUUUUUUUUUUUCAAAAGUUUUACUUAUAUCGAUCGUCUAAUUCGUCUAAAUAUGACCCAUGUUUCGAGUGGUAAAUUUUUUUAACUAUCCUGGGCAGUCGUAACUACUGGAUUCAAUCAAUUCCAAAAGCUUCGCAUAACAUGUGUACGUUGGUUGGGUUUGUAGUUUAAUAUCUCAUGCGUGUCAAGUGCCAAAACUACAAAUCAUCAAGCAUCUUUACUUUUUCAACCACUUAAAAUCUCAUCGUGAACAGACAAGUCGUGUUGUCAACUCUUUCAUGUUACUGUACAAUUUCUACUAUUAUCUGCCGCUAACCUACGAUUUUUUUAGAUAAAAUUAUGCCUUUAGAACGUGAAAAUUGUUACUACCACGUUUUACUGUAGCGAGCCGUCCUUUUUAUUUCUGGCCUUGCCCUUUCUUUUGCAGCAAACCAUUGUAACCCCUCAUUCGAGUCCCAACAAAAAGAUUCGCACAAGCCUUGUAAUUCGAUCCCGAAAUACAAUUAAAUUACCAUCUUG